GAAGAAUAGAUUCGCCAUUUUUUUUUUCUUCUUCCUUUCUUUGGAUGCUAUUCUUUCCACGAUGAGUCAGACCGCGAGGAAGUAGGGGGGCGGGAAGGGGCCGGGCGCCAUUAUCUUCCACCGGAUAAAAGAAAGUUUGUAUAAAAAAAAAAACAAAGAAAGAAAAAGAAAAAUCGGAGACAGGGAAAAGGUAGAUUGCACCAGAAAAGAAGAGAGAGAGAGGGGGCGCAGGAGAAAGAGAGAGUCUCUGAGUGUGUGUGCAGUGAGAAAGCAUGGCAGUUUCGUACGGAUAUGAUUGAUAUCUGUUUCAGAGAGCAGAAGAAGAAGCUUGCAUAGCGAGAGAGCCGGCAUCUCGCCGGUCGGAAUUCCGUCCUUUGGGCGAUUCCGGAGGCCGGGAGAGGAGUAGUAGGGAAAAAACGAUGGACGAGAUGUACGGGGCGGUCUUUGCUGUGGAUUAUUCGGACAACACCGAGAUCGGGUCGUCUGUGUCGCCGGAGAGCUUUGUGUGCGCGGGGGAGUUCGCGUCGCCCUACCCGAGCUACUACCCGUCAGCCGGGUCGGAGUGCUGCUUCGGCGAAGUGAUGCCCUCCUCCUCCGCCGUCGCGGUAGGGGCGGUGCCUCCCGCGGCGCCGGUGCCAGAGAUGUCGGCGUCCCCGUGCUUCGCGGGGGAGGAGGCGAGGGGGGCGUGCGCUGGGGAGAUCUCCGCGGCGAUGAAGGCGAAGAUCGCGAGCCAUCCUCGGUACCCGAGCCUCGUGGAGGCCUACAUAGAGUGCCGCAAGGUUGGAGCACCGCCGGAAAUAGCGUCGGUUUUGGAAGAGAUCCGGCGAGAGAACGAUGCCAGCAAGGUCAGUGCAGCCACUGGUUGCUUCGGUGCCGACCCGGAGCUCGACGAGUUCAUGGAAUCUUACUUUGAGAUCUUGGAGAGGUACAAGUCGGACCUGACUAAGCCUUUCGAGGAGGCAACCACGUUCUUGAACAGGAUAGAGAGGAAGCUGAGGAAUCUUUGCAGCGAAAGGACGCAGAGAAAUUCCGGUUCAGAUGAGCAGGCAGAGUCAUCGGAUGACGAAUUGAGUGGUGGAGAGAUUGAUGUCCGUGAUGCACCACUCCGUGGUCAAGAGCGUGAGCUGAAAGACAAACUCUUACGUAAAUACAGUGGUUACCUUAGUAGCCUCAGGCAAGAAUUCUCGAAGAAGAAGAAGAAAGGGAAGUUGCCGAAAGAAGCCACACAGACCUUGCUUGACUGGUGGAAUUUGCACUAUAAGUGGCCAUAUCCAACGGAAGCUGACAAGAUUGCACUUGCCGAGUCUACUGGAUUGGACCAAAAACAGAUAAAUAAUUGGUUCAUAAACCAGAGAAAACGCCACUGGAGGCCAUCAGAAAAUAUGGAGUUUGGUUUAAUGGAUAGUCUUUCUGCAACUGUCUGCGAGGGCUCUGAAGGUUAUAAUUGCACGUAUGAAGUAUGAAACUUUCAGUUCUCAUCUUUCUCAGAAGGGGACGAUCCGAAGGUAUUUGGAUGCAUUAACUGAUAAGUGCCUAUUCAGACCCAUUUUCAUCUAGCCCAUUUUGCUUUAAUUGUUAUUUGAGCACUUUCUUGUGGUGGCUGCAAAUAUUUUUGAAUGAUUCCUGCUGGGUCAAAAUAUUGUUGCAACUGACGCUCGAACCAGGCGAAGCUUUCUGGUCGUUGUGUUCAUCUUGUAAUUUUUUGCUCGACCAUUUGUGAGCUUACUUUCUUAUCGACCUCUUUCCUGUGUCCAGGUUAUGCUUAGUUCAGGUUUUGCCUAUAUGCUGUUGAGAUCUUUUCCAUGUUACAUUGUCGGCUUCUGCAGAAAACCUGAAUCAAUCUCAAACCUGUGGGGAGGUUGGGCUUAAGUUGGUCACUCGCAGUCAUUCAAUGUGCAGUUGGGGUGUGUAAUGAAAGAGUCCAUUCAUAAUCUAAUUGGCACUCUUCCAACUUGGCGUUCAUUAGGAAGAUGAGCAGCAAUACUUGAAUUUUCUUUUUUCGUGUCCUAGACAUGCCGCCGUGCUGUUUGGUUUUCUAACAAUACUUAUGAGUUAUGUUUGACAUUCUUAGAUUUCGCAAAAAUAAUGCGAUUCCUUGACACAUUAGUAAGGUUGACAAUAAUGCUCGAUUUUUGUCUAAAGACUCCAAAACUUUUAGGCAGUUCUGGAAGAGGAUUAUUGAUAUACCAUUUGAAUACCACGUAGGUGUCAUGGAUUAACGUUCUUCGGCCGUGAUCACUUUUGUGCUUCAUUUCGAUUUAACCUGUG